AUGAUGAUUUUUCGACAUUGUUAUCGUAUUUGGUGGUGGUGGUCAUCAUCAUCAUCUCUUCAUUAUUUUCAUUUUCUUCGUUGUCCUCAACAUUUAUUUAAUCUUCAACGUCAACUUCGUCAAACUAAAUUACUUGUUGCUGCUCGUCUCAAUGAUUAUGUCAUUAUCGAUUGUUCAUUUGCUAAUGAAUAUAAUAAUGAUAUUUCAUUUGAAAAUAAUUAUUAUGAAAGACUUCAAUUAAAAAUUCAUUCAUGUUUUACUCUUCUUCAUCGAUAUCAUUCACCAUCUUUUCUUAUUUUAUGUAAUUUUUCUUCGAAUGAUAAUGAUAAAUGGUUACAAAAUAGUCCUUAUUGUCAAACAACAUCACUUUCCUAUCUUGACUUAUUUUCUCGAUAA